AUGGAGGCCGCCGCAGAGGCGCUGCAGCUAGAGGCAGCUGACGCCCCAAAGCUUGAGCGGGUCCGGGUGGCUGUGCGCGCCACACAGGCUGAGGUGUAUAGGGACCUCGCGUCGGACAUUGUUGAAAGUGUCAUGGAGGGUUUUAAUGGCACAAUAUUUGCCUACGGGCAAACUGGAACUGGCAAAACCUACACAAUGUUUGGAGGCGAGGGAGAAGAAAAAGGAAUAACCCCGAGGGCCUUUUCAGCCAUUUUCAACAGCAUUCAAGAAGCCUCCGACAAGACGUUUCUGGUGCGCGCCUCUUUUCUUGAGCUCUACAACGAGGAGGCAACGGGGCUGCGCAACCGCAAGGUGGGGGCGACGCUGAUGAAUUCGGUGUCUAGUCGGUCCCACUCCAUUUUCACCCUUGCGGUUGAAAGCGAAGACGCUGAGGGCACCGCGUCUCUGGGGGGCAACACGCGAACAGCAAUGGUUGCUGCAGUUGUUGCUGCUGCAGCGCAGCAGGAAGAAACCCUCAGCACUUUGAGGUUUGGCAGCAGAGUUAAGAAAGUGGAAAAUAAACCUCGAAGAAAUAAAGGGUUUUGCGAAGCAGCAAUUACGCUGCUGCAGCAGCAAAUUGCGCAGCUGCGGCAGCAGCUGCAGCACGCAGAACAGGCUCGGCAGCUGGCGCUGCAGCGGUCGGCGGAAGCAGCAAAUGGAGAAGAAAUGAAAAAGAAAAUAAUUGAAGUUGAAGAAGAAAUGAAAAAGAAAAUAAUUAAAAACGAAGAAGAAUUAAAAAUGAAAAUAAUUAAAAAUGAAGAAGAAAUGAAAAGGAAAUUAAUUAAAAAUGAAGAAGAAUUCAAAAUCCAAAUUCAAAAUGCUAGAGAAGAAGAAAGGAAAAAAGGAGAAGCCAAAAGCCUCGAAAUGCAAAACCACCUUCGCCAGGAAUUCGAACAGCAAAAACACGAAAUAGAAAAGGCAAGGAGGAAGGCAGAAGAGGAGUUGAAGGCCAAAGAGCUGGAGGCGCAGCAGUUCGAGCAGCACCGGGCCGAAUUAGCUGCGCAGCUGCAAGCCAUGGAGACGCAGCUGCUGCGGGGCAAAGCCGAAGUGAAGAGGGCGCAGCAGCAGCAGCAGGAGCUGAAGCGGACUCAGCUGAAGCUGGAAGAACAAAUGAAAAUGGAGGAGCAGCUCCGGCUGGAGCGCGACAAGGGUUUGGAAACUUGUUUGUUUUUGGAAACUCUCGUGAGCGACAGAGCAGCUCAGCUGAAGAGUUUGUCAAAUGAAUUUGAACUUUUAAAUGAAAAGUUUAAUUUGAAAGAAAAUGGGUUUUCCAAAUUGCAAAACAAAUACCAAAAAGACACUCAAACCCUUCUCCAGCAAGUCCACCAGCUCCAAGUCCAACUCCGCCUCGAACAAACCAUCAAUCGAGGGUUUGUGCCCCCCGAAGAAGACGCGAGGAUCCGCUCUUUGGCGGUUUGGAAUGAAGUAAAAAAAGAAUGGGAAAUUCCCAACGCGCAUUUGGCGGGCAACGAGGUCAUGAAGGCUGAGUCUGUUCGAGAUCCUCCUUCUGCACUCCCCCGCGAUGGCUACGCAACUUCAGAUCAGGGAAUACCCAGGCUUGCCGAACAGCCCUGA